AUGGAGAAUCUAGAAAGUGAUGAUUCUCAUUUUGAUGAAGAUGUAGUUGCUAAGACUCGUUCACGAACGAUUGUAAUGAAAAAAGUCAUUCGUGCCCGAAAUAAAGGGAUAAAAUUUAAGCCAAUUGAGCCUUAUGGGUCGAUGUUUAUCAGCACUAUUGGGAAUGUAGCUCGUGAGAAUAUUCCAAUUACAAUUGAUGAUUGGAGAAAUAAGGACUUAGACGUAUUCAAGGAUCUCAUUUGGAAUAUUUUACUGGAGACUUUUGAAAUCGGGGAAAAGCACCGUAGAUUUGUAAUGAAAGAAGCAGGAAAACUUCACAGAAGGUUCAGAUCAGAAUUGACAAGGGACUUUUUGAAAGAUGCUGAAGGAAAUAUAAAUAAACAUCCUCCGUCAUGCUAUGCACGCAUGAUAACUAAAGAGCAAUGGAAAACUUUUGUGGAAAAACGUGUUGACGUUUCUUUCCAGAUAAAAGAGUCUGGAUUGGAGGUUAAACGUCUUCCGUGUCACAAGGUGUCGAAAGCUGCUCGUGUCAACAAAGACGGAAUAAUUGAAAAUGAAAAUGUCCAAAAAGUUUGGAACGAAUGUGAGAACCUUGCACAAGGCCUAUCAGACGAGGAUGCUGAAAGAAAUGUCCAUUUGGAUAUACUUUCUCAAGCUAUAAAUGCCAAAGAGUAUCCUGGCCGUGUUAGGGGGAUUGGAUUUGGGGUAUCUCGAAAAGAUUGUUUUCCUCCAAAAAAGCGUGUCAAACAUGAUGAAGUGCAAAGUUUAAAAAAUAAUCUAAACGCAGUUGUGGCGCGGCUUGAAGAAAUGGAAAAGAAAAUUUAUGGUAGCAAUGCAAAAGAGACACAACCUGAUUUGUCUGGCUUUGAAGUGCACAACCGUCUUGGUGAAACAAUACACACCAGACCGUUGCCAAUUGACCAUGUGAAAGUUAGUCUUGAGGUUGCUUUCGAGCCAAAUGCCUUGUUGCCUGUGCCUGUUGAUGAUGAAGAACUGAUAACAGUUCGGGAUGCAAUAGGCACUUUUGUGGUGUGGCCAAAGAAUCUCGUUUUUGUAAAUAAAUCGAUCUCAGAAAAUCCCCAGAAUAAGGGAACAAAGAACUCUAACGUUCCAAAAAGGAAUGGGGAAGAAAAACAUACAAAAGGAUCUAAUGAAGUUGGUACUGCGAGGAACGGGUCAUACUGUAGCUAUCUUACCAUGCAUGUCCAAUUGCUCAUGAGACCUGGUGAUUUAUUACCAAGCAUAAUGAUGGCCAAAGAGAUAUUUGGUGUAUCAUUUGAAGAGAAGCUUGGUGUAGAUGAAAUAAAUCAUGUUGUUAUGCAUCAGUGGAUUGGUGUCUCUGCUGUCUGUACAUAUAUCAGAUACUUGUACGAGACGUUUAUGGUCCGUAAGCAAUUAUCAAAGAGGUUCUUCUUCUUAUCCCCCCAUGUAACAAGCUUUCUACUUAAAAAAGAGGAGCAGAUGAAAUCCAUUGUUGAUUUGCUUGAUGAAAAUAAUGCAAGGGAUAAGUUGAUUCUUGCGCCAUAUAAUACAUCGGUCCAUUGGGUGUUGUUGGCAAUUAAUUUGAAGGCAGAGACGAUAUAUUAUUUAGAUCCUAUGCGCAAGGAUCCUGAUAAACAUAUGACAGAUGUGUUUAACACCGUAUUACGAGUUUUUCGGGCUCAAGUCGGGAUGGUCCUCAAAAAAUCAAAACACUUGAGAUGGAAAAAUAUUAAGUGUCCCGAACAAGCUAACAGUGUGGAUUGUGGGUAUUAUGUUUUGAAAUUUGUUAAAGACAUAAUUAUUUCUGAUGAAAUGACUAUCCCAGAUGAGUACUUUCCUAGUUACAAGUGUGUUCAAUUAUCUGAGGAGCAAGUAGAUGAAGUUCGGGAAGAAUGGGCACAAUAUGUUAUUAAGAGUUGUAAAGGAAAUUCGGCCCGGCUGCAAUUGGGACGCGCGAUUUAUGCGACGGUGCCAGCUGGCGGGGAUGUACGAGAACGCCGGCGAUCGACGGCCUUCGGUGGAGGUCAGAUCGAAAAGUGGGAUCUGCAUCGGAAAAGGGAAGUUCGACCUGACUGCAAUUGGGACGCGCUAUUUGUGCGACGGUGGCAGCUGGCGGGGAUGUACGAGUACGCCGACGAAAGGGAUUGUGGCAUAUCUGUUCACGGAGGCUCGCUAUCGGAGGUGCUUGCGGAUAUGCAAUCAAUUUCCGAUAUGCCACCUCAACAUCGAUUAACCGAAAUCUUCUUUCGAGACACAAUUGCAAAACUUUUUAAAGGCGCGGAGGCCCAAUCCAGCGAUUGCACCAACGUCUUAAUAAGCUUGUCGCCGUGCCUGAGUUACAUCUCCAGCAGCUCCUCCUCAGCCCCGAGCGCUGGUUGCUGCACCCAGCUGAGCACUGUUGUGGGGUCCAAUCCGCAGUGCCUCUGCCAAGUGCUCAACGGCGCUGCUACUAAUUUGGGCCUCAACAUUAACCAAACUCGGGCUCUCGCCCUCCCUGCAGCUUGCCAUGUCCAGACACCACCAAUCAGCCGAUGCAACGCUGCUUCUCCAUCUGGCGCCCCUGCUUCAACAUCGACUUCUCCCAAUACAAAUUCAGGGGCUGGAUCACAAAACGUGCCAACAACCGGAGAUGGUUCCUCAGAUGCAAAUUCCUCAAAAUUGGGGGCCUCCGUGCUAUUUUCCCUUUUUCUAGUAGCAUCAUAUGUUUCGAUUUUGUCCUUGGAUUGAUUUAUUCAGACGUUUUAUGUGCCACUUCUGUGAUUUAUAUGAUAACCUGGAAUAAGUGGAUGUUUUAGGGCGGAGUUUAGCUAUGGUUUGGUAUAUUGUUUAGUGGAUUGGUGCAUCUUUUCAGAUUUUUUGUACCAUGGUGAUUGGUUGAAGACAUUGUUUACAGUCUUCCUUUUAUGAUCACGAUCUUUAUUUUUCAUAUUAUAUUUUUGGUACAAGUUCUUGGCCUCCUUUGUUUUGAGUAACGGGGUUGAACCAAAUUAUUCCAAAGUCCAAACUGAUUCGUUUGCAGAUUUGGGUAAUCUUUGUGGUCUGUUUGUGCCAGUUUCAAUUUUAACUUAGCAGCUAUUUCAUGCUUAUAUAUCAA